AUGUGCAAGCCACCGCUGCUCGACCGGGACAACCAGGCUCCCGCUGACGAGGCUGACGAGCCAGAGGACCUCCAGACCGCCUCGGAGGACUCGGCUCUGAAGCACCGGCUCGACCUCCAGACGGGCGAAGACGGGCUCUCUGAGGAGGAGGCGGCGCGCAGGCUGCUGCAGCAUGGGCGGAACGAGCUGCCGGACCUGCGCACGCCCAAGUGGCGUAUAUUCCUCGACGCCGUCUCUCCUCCGACGCCUGCGCCAGAGAGCCCAGAGACACCGCAUACUCUGCGCGCCGUGCAGGAGUGGCCCGACAUGAGCACCCUCACCGCGCUGCUCCUCCUCAACGGCUUCGUCGGCUUCUUCGAGGACAUGCGCGCCGGCGACGCCGUCGCCGCCCUCAAGGCGUCUCUCAAGCCCGAGGCGCAGGUCAAGCGGGCAGGCGCGUGGCGCAAGGCAGACGCCUCCCAACUCGUCCCGGGAGACCGUGUCGCCCUCGCCGCCGGCGCAAACGUGCCCGCCGACAUCCUCUUGGGUCGCGGGAUGCAGGUCCAGGUAGACCAGGCGGCGCUGACUGGCGAGUCGCUCCCUGUCUCCCUCGGCGAGGGAAGCCUGGUCAAGAUGGGCUCGACGAUCGUGUCUGGCGAGACGGAGGGGCUGGUGGCGCACACGGGCGUAAACACAUUCUUCGGCAAGACGGCGGCGCUGAUCGGGUCGACGCACGACGUGGGCAACUUCCAAAAGGUGAUCCUGCGCAUCACGCGCGCGCUCCUCCUCUUCUCCUCCCUCCUCGUCACCGCCGCCGUCACCUACCUCUCCCUCACCUUCGACGGAGAGGGCUACGGGGUCUGGCCCGCCGUCUCGUUCGGCGCCGUGCUGCUCGUCGCCUCCAUCCCCAUCGCGAUGCAGGUGGUCUGCACGGCGACGAUGGCACUCGGCUCGCGCCUCCUCGCCGCGAAGAAGGCGAUCGUCGCGCGGCUCGCGUCGAUCGAGCAGCUCGCCGGAAUGACCGUCCUCUGCUCCGACAAGACGGGAACACUCACCCUCAACAAGAUGGUGCUGCAGGAGGUGCUCUCGUACGCAAAGGGCGCAGACGACGCGGCCAUCCUCGCCCUCGCCGCCCUCGCCACCCGCUGGAAGGAGCCUCCCAAGGACGCGCUCGACACGCUCGUCCUGGGGGCAGAGUGCCUCGACACCGCGAGCCUCGACAGGCACGAGCAGCUCGACUUCACACCGUUCGACCCGAAGCUGCGCCGCACCGAGGCGACGCUGCGCGGCCCAGACGGUGGCGUCUUCGACGUCGUCAAGGGGGCGCCCGACGUGGUCCUCCGGCUGUGCGACGAAGCCAACCGCUCCUCCAUCGGCGCCGUCUUCGCCGCGAAGGUGGAGGAGCUGGCGCAGCGCGGCAUCCGCGCGCUCGCCGUCGCGAGGAGGCCCGAGGGGUGCGGGAUGGAGAUGGUCGGGAUGCUCACCUUCCUCGACCCGCCGAGGCCAGACACGAAGCGGACGAUCGAGCGCGCGAUGCAGCAGGGCGUCGUCGUCAAAAUGAUUACCGGCGACCACGGUGCCAUCGCGCGCGAGACGGCGCGCGCCCUGGGCAUGGGCGACGAGAUUGGCGCGUCGGACAGCCUGCCGACCAUCUUGCCGGGCGAGGAGGUGCCACGCACGCUCGGCCGCGACUACGGCGCGAUGAUCGAAAAGAGCGACGGGUUCGCGCAGGUCUUCCCCGAGCACAAGUUCCUCAUCGUCGAGGCGCUGCGCCAGCGCGGCCACUCGGUGGGUAUGACUGGCGACGGCGUCAACGACGCGCCCGCCCUCAAGAAGGCCGACGUGGGCAUCGCGGUGGAGGGCGCGACCGACGCGGCGCGCGCGGCGUCCGACCUCGUCCUCACCGAGCCGGGCCUGUCGGUCAUCGUCGACGCGAUCGUGAUUGCGCGCUGCAUCUUCCAGCGGAUGAAGAACUAUGUCAUCUACCGCGUCGCGUGCACCUUCCAGCUGCUCCUCUUCUUCUUCGUCGCCGUCUUCGCCUUCCACCCCCAGCAGUCCCCUCGCACACAGGUCGGGCUCGCGAUCCCCUCCACCUUCAACUUGCCCGUGGUCGCCCUCGUGGUGAUCGUGAUCCUCAACGACGCGACCAUCAUCUCGAUCGCGUACGACCACGUCGUCCCCUCGCCCCUCCCCGAGCGCUGGAACCUCCCCGCCCUCUUCCUCGUCGCGGGCUGGAUCGGCCUCGUCGCGUGCGGCUCGUCGCUGCUGCUGCUGCACUGGGCCCUCUCCUCCGAGGACCCGGGCUCGCCCAUCCGCCGGAUGGGCGUGCGCGAGUCGCUUUUGUACGGGAAGGUGGUUGCCAUGAUGUACCUCAAGAUCUCGCUGAGCGACUGGUGGACGAUCUUCGCCGCGCGCACCCAGUCCUUCUUCUUCACGCGCGCCCCCUCCAAGAUCGUCUUCGCCGCCGCCUCGGUCGCCACCCUCGCCUCGACCGGCCUCGCGGUCAGGUGGCCCUUCCCGGCCGAGCGCCAGCUGAUCGGCCUCGGCCUCGAGCACGUGCUCUUCACGUGGGCCUUCACGCUGGUGUGGUUCCUCAUCCAAGACGUCUGCAAGGUACUCCUGUACAAGCUCCUCUACACCUUCGACGUGAGCGGCAUCCGAACCGAGGCCGAGGCGAACGCCGCGCGGAGGGCCAAGAACGAGGCCAUCCUCGGCAAGCAGCCGAGCAAGAGGGGCGCGCGGGCCGGGGGAGCGCGCCGCAAGGCGAGGCGAGGCGAAAUGCAGCUCGCAGAGAUGCCGCUUGAGGUUGAGCUCGAGGUGUGA